AAAAGAUCACCUACCUCCUUUCUAAUUUAUUUCAAUUUCAUCACAAAAAAAAUUUGAGAAUUAAAUAACUUCAAACUCAACCAAUGAACCAAAGAUCUUUAUGAUAUGCUUAUUAUAAGUUCUGAGGUAUGAAACUAUAUGUUAUAUUGUGAAUUUUGAUCAUUCAAUAUUAUAUACUAUGGGUUUUUGCUUGAAAACAAUGAUUGGGCUAAAGAGGAACAAAAGAAGAAAAUCCAAACAGCUCAAGAUUACAAGUACUAGCACUGCAUUUGAUGAACCAAAGGGAGAUGUUCAAGUUCCUAGUGCUCAUUAUUCAAAUGGAACUUCAUCUUCAAAAAAGAUUACUUGUAAGACUAAAUUUACUCACAACACUGCUGCCACUAAAAUUCAGACUGCCUAUAGAGCUCAUUUGGCAAGAAAAACUCUACGGCGCGUUAGGGGUGCAGUGAGAUUUCAAGGUGUAAUUGAAGGGCUAAGUGUAAAUAACCAAAUAUCAGGGACUUUGAAGCAAAUACAUUGUUGGAGCAAAAUACAAUCAGAGAUUAGAGCUAGACGACUCAAUAUGGUGACUCAAGGCCACAAUAAACAGAAGAAAAUUCAAAAUCAACAAAAACUUGAGGCUAAGCUUCACGAGCUUGAGGUGGAAUGGAGUAGUAGUGCUGAAACCAUAGAAGAAAUACUACAAAAAUUACAACAAAGAGAAGAAGCUGCAACUAAGAGGGAGAGGGCAAUGGCAUAUGCAUUUUCUCAUCAGUGGAGAGCCAAUUCGAAUAAAUAUUUUGGACAAGCAUAUUAUGAUCUUGGCAAGGAGAGUUGGGGUUGGAGUUGGAUGGAACGUUGGAUCGCGGUUCGACCAUGGGAGACUAGAGUUCAAACAAACCCUAUUGUUCCAAAAACCUCUCACUCUCAACAAGUUGCCAAGAUAACUAGUAAAGCUACAAAUUUGGGACCUAUGAAACUAGUUGUGUCAAUAAAAAAUCAUUAAUUUGAAAUGGAAAAGAAUCUACAAGAGGAAGAAAAUUGUCCAUCACUACUAAUGAAAAUCAUGUUUCUCAAGAGCCUAAUAUUUGAUUGGGCAAACUCAACCUACUUAUUACUACUUGAAUAUCUAUACUUUUUUUUUGGUCGAUUGACAUGUUUAUUAUUAAUUAAUUUGGCUUUGUAUAUUUUAGUGUGGUGAUGGAAACUUUGUUUCUAUGUAAUUUUUUGUUUUAUGUUGUUUUUAUGUGACUAUAUAUAUAUUCAUAUUGGUCAUGACUCCAUUAUAUAAACAUUACAAUUUCUUAA